AUGGCAUCUUUAAAAAAGGUUAUUGGGCUUGUCCUGUCGGCCGCGGUCGGCAGCAUUGCCAAGUAUAAUCAUUUACCCCAGGCCAGAAGCAGUAUUACACUUCCUUCACAAAACCGAUGGCCAGACGGGCUGCAUCUUGCCGUCGACUAUUAUCCCUCUCAAUGGCCCGAAUCUUCGUGGGAGUCGGACAUAUCUCAGAUGAGAGACAAUAACAUUUCCUACGUUCGCGUCAAUGAGUUUGACUGGGCUCUCCUGGAACCCAUCGAAGGACAAUACAACUUUACGGUCCUCGACAAGACACUCGAGUUAUUCCAAAAGUAUGGGUUGAAAGCAAUCGUGGGAACUCCUACGGCGUCGCCUCCAAAUUGGCUGACUCAAAAGUACGACGUCAACUUUGUUGACCGCACCAACACUACCUUGAUAUUCGGUUCGCGCCGCCACUAUAGUUUUUCCUCUUAUGAUUAUCGGAAUCUGAGCCAAAAGAUCACGCAGAAGUUGGCCGAACACUAUGGAAAUCACUCGGCCGUGGUGGCCUGGCAAAUCGACAAUGAAUUGGGCUGCCACGACACCACUAGGAGCUAUGAUCAUAAUGCCAUUGCGCGUUUCCGGAUAUGGCUGCAGGAAAAGUACGGCACCAUUGAGAGCCUGAACCAGGCGCAAGGCCGAGUAUUCUGGUCUAGCCAGUACGAGAGUUUUGAGGCUGUCCAGCCGCCCUUUUUGGAGAUUUAUACCAACAAUGAGCUCCACACGCUGGACUGGUACACCUUUUCGUCCGACAUGGUCAUUGACUUUGCCAAGGAGCAGGUUGCCAUUCUCAGGCAAUACGCGCCCGGACAGGCCAUUACCACCAACUUCAUGAUGGCAUUCACCGACUUUGACCACUACAAGUUUGCACGGGAGACGGGCAUUGAUCUGGCAACGUUUGACCAGUACGCACUCAAUGGGCCGAGCACCUUUUCGUGGCUCUCUUCGCAAGAGCUCUUUGACACGCUACGCACCGGUCUUCCCGACUGGCAGGCGUUUCACCACGGUCUCUACCGAGGCGUUGCGGGGGCCGCUUACAACACCACGUCGGGACCGUACGGAGUCAUGGAGAUGGAGCCCGGCGUGCUCAACUGGGGCCAGUAUCGCGUCAGCCCCUGGGAGGGCAUGGUGCAGCUGUGGACGCUCGAGACUUUUGCCGCAUCCGGCAGCAUGGUCAACUACUUUCGCUGGCGCCAGGUCCCGUACGCCCAGGAGCAGACGCUCUCUGGGCUGCACACCUCUGACUAUGUGGCUGAUGAUGGCCUCCUCGAGGUGCAGCAACUGGUACAGGAGCAGCUACCGACUCUGAGACAAGAAGUAACUCAAGAAGAAGCCCAGGCCGAUGUUGCCUUUAUCUUUGACUAUGCUUCCUUCUGGACUUGGCAGAUUGAGCCAUAUAGCGGCAGUUGGGACGUCAAGAGCGCCGGGUAUACGGACACGGUUGUAUCAUAUUUUGAUCUGAUCUACAUCUUUUACUCUGCGCUUCGCCGACUGGGGCUGUCAAUUGAUGUGAUUGGGCCCGACCAACCUCUCGACGGCUACCGAAUGGUCGUGGCGCCCAGUCUACCAAUCGUCCCCGAGGCAUUCCAAUCCGCCCUAAAGUCAUUUGACGGGCCCGUGAUAUUCGGACCACACACUGGAUCCAAGACUGCAGAGUUUGCUAAUACGCCUGGUCUGAACCCCGGAGAUGGCGUGCUGGGCGACCGCCUCCCUCUGCGUGUCACUCGCGUCGAGACGCCCCCCAGCUACGCCGGCAGCGGCGUCUUGUACAAUGGCGCCAACUACAGCAUCGACGGGCGAGAGGAAUGGAUCUCGUGCGAGCGGGCCAAUCUUACCAGCAACGCCACCAUUUCCUACACGUCGCCGCAUCGCCCGGGAAAACCGGCCGCGUGCGAAAAGGACGGGUGGCACUAUCUUGCGUUCAAGCCGUCCAGCGAUCUCUUGGUCUCUUAUCUAGGUGAUGUGGCGGCUUCUGCAAACAUCACGGAUCUUUUGGGCCGGACGGCGGACAAGGCCAAUGACCUGGGGUCUUCGCUCAGGUUACUGAGGAGAGGUGACCUUGUGUGGGCAUUCAACUACGGGACGUCUCCCGUGUCGCCUCCUAGUAUUGGAGACGCGCAAUUGAUCAUUGGUAGUGAUGGAGAAAUACCAGGCGCUGGAGUUGUAGUCUGGAAGCUGGCGAGUUGA